UCCUUAUACAAAAACUGUAUAUUAUAAGUAUUCUUUUCCUUUUUCUCAUACAAAAACUGUAUAUUAUAAGAGGCUCACUCUCUUUUCUGGUUCAGAAGCCCACUCUCGACUUCUCCAAAUUCGAACUCACCAAACAAUGCCGAAGGCUGGCGCCUUGGAUCUGGCUUUUGGGGUCGGUGGAAAAAUUGACAAAAGCGAAGUUCUCUCCGCCGUCAAAACGUAUGAGAAGUAUCAUGUCUGUAAUGGAGGUGAAGAGGAAGAGAGAAAAGCUAACUACGCUGACAUGGUAAAUAAAUAUUAUGAUCUCGUAACCAGCUUUUAUGAGUUUGGCUGGGGGGAGUCUUUCCAUUUUGCACCAAGAUGGAAAGGAGAGUCUCUUCAGGAGAGUAUGAAGCGACAUGAGCAUUUCCUGGCUUUACAACUUGCCCUGAAACCUGGACAGAAGGUUCUGGAUGUAGGUUGUGGAAUUGGUGGACCAAUGAGAGAAAUUGCACGGUUCAGCUCAACAUCGGUCACUGGGUUGAACAUCAAUGAAUAUCAGAUAACAAGAGGAAAAGAACUAAACCGAAUUGCAGGAGUGGACAAAACCUGCAACUUUGUAAAGGCUGACUUCAUGAAGAUGCCUUUUCCUGACAAUAGUUUUGAUGCUGUAUAUGCAAUUGAUGCAACCUGUCAUGCACCAGAUGUAUAUGGAUGCUACAAAGAGAUUCGCAGAGUAUUGAAGCCUGGCCAAUGCUUUGCAGCAUACGAAUGGUGCAUGACUGAUGCUUUUGAUCCUCAAAAUCAAGAACAUCAGAAAAUUAAGGCUGAAAUUGAGAUUGGUGCCGGCCUUCCUGACGUCAGGUUGACUAGAAAUUGUCUUGAAGCUCUGAAACAAGCUGGUUUUGAGGUGUUGUGGGAGAAAGAUCUUGCUGUUGACUCACCUCUCCCAUGGUACUUGGCUUUCGAUAAAAGCCACUUCUCACUAAGUAGCUUCCGCCAAACUGCUGUUGGACGUUUCUUCAUUAGAAACAUGGUUAGGGCCCUGGAAUUUGUGGGAGUAGCCCCAAAGGGCAGUCAAAGGGUUCUAGAUUUGCUGGAGAGAGCUGCUGAGGGUUUGGUUGCUGGUGGAAGGAAAGAGAUUUUCACGCCAAUGUAUUUUUUUGUGGCACGGAAGCACAGUCUGGCAGUCAGUAAAUUGGGAGUGCAAACGGUUUCUUAACAUCUGCUAAUGGACAGUAUUGUCACAGAGUAGAGGAUGCAAUUUAUAAGUAUGUAUGGACCUGUUAGCAAUUGUCCUUGUUUUUUUGUGAGUUGGUUGCAUGAACUUUCUUGCUAUUGUUAUUUGGCUUGUAACGUGAAACUCUAUGAUUUCCAGUUUGAUUGUAACGUGAAACUUUUGUUAUUUUGUUCUUGUUUUUGUAUCUCCUGCUGCCUGUGACCUUGAGGAUUUUAAUUUAAGUGUGCAUCUGUUCAACUACUA